AAAACCCUAAACCAAAGUACCAAAACCUCGAUCCGUCUACGCGUGCUACGGUCUUUUCUCUUCACUCGCCGCUCCUAAUGACUUCUGCCAAGAAGCGGAAGGCCGACCAAGACGCCGAACAUCUCUCCAUUCCCAACCACGACACCGAUGUGAAGCCUCACCACCCCGUUGUCGCAUACGUCCGCCAGCCUGACGAUGAUUCCGGCGACCCUGCUUCAGACUCCGAUCCUGAAUACGAAGAUGAGGAAGAAGACGUCCGCAAACUCCUAGCACCCCUAGACACCGACCAACUCACUUCACUACUCGUCUCCGCCGCGGCUCGGGACCCCGUCACUCUUGCCUCGAUCCGUGCCCUAACUGACUUUGAUCCUGCUCAUCGAAAGCUUUUCAUCCACAGCCUCGGUUGGGAAACCACCUCCGAUAGCCUCCGCGCAGCUUAUGCUCGCUAUGGUGAAAUCGAAGAGUGCCGCGUUGUUGCUGACCGCGCUACGGGACGCUCCAAAGGGUACGGUUUCGUACUCUUCCGAGAACGUUCUUCCGCUCGCCGCGCUCUACGCCAUCCCAAUAAGCUCAUCGACAACCGCAUGACCACCUGUCAGCUUGCCUCGGCGGGCCCUUCUCAGAACGUUAAUCGUAACACUAGGAGCAACCAUAGUCCUAAUCUUAACCCCAGCGAUAACCUUCCUCGAAAGAUCUAUGUUGGCAAUCUCCACGGAGACAUUGAUGGCCGCCGUCUUCACGCGUUUUUUUCUCAAUAUGGAGAGAUUGAAGAAGGGCCGAUUGGAUUCGAUCGCCAGACUGGGAAGGCCAAGGGCUUUGCGCUUUUCGUCUUCAGAUCUGUCGAGGGAGCGAGAAAGGCCUUAGAAGAGCCUAUUAAGAACUUUGAGGGGUAUAAUCUGGUUUGUCAAAAGGCAACGGAUAGCAACAAGAGUAGGGCAUCGACAGCUAUCAAUAAUGCUAGUGGUACCAAUGCAGCCCCGUCUAAUCCUGCAGUGAACAUGGGCAGUUUUAAUGCGCCUGCUUAUGGUGGUCAGUUUACCCCAUCAGACAUGGGGCUGGCGCAGCAGGCUGCAAUGUUUGGGCAAGGUCUUAUUGGGCAGGGGAUGCCGAUGAAUGCUGCAGUACUUGCAAUGCUUGCGGCUGCUGGUCAGAACCCAGCUGCCUUUGGUAUCAAUCCUGCAAUGCUUGCAUCCUUAAACCCUGCUCUUGUGGGAGCUUUGGGUACUGGAGUUUCCCCAUCUGCAGUUAACCAGGCAGCAAUUCCACAGCAGCAGGCUGCUGUAGCAAAUUAUGCCCUGGGGAGUUCUGGUUAUCAAAAUGUAGGGUUUCAGGGGCCUCCUGGCUUCCAGGGGCCUCCAGGAUUCCAGGGGGCUCCUGGUUUUCAAGGGACUCCACCACCAGGGACACAGCAGGUUGCUGGUGUUGGUUCUUCAUCUUACCAGCCUAGUAACUUAACGCAGGCUGGACUGCAGAGGUCUACCAUGGGACCUAUGAGUGGAUAUGGACUUCAUUAGUUCCAUGUCGAGAACGUGCUUACUCGUCUGGUUUACUAUUGGGUGACUUUGAAUCUUAUUGGCGUCGAGCUUGCGGUGCAACAGUUCUGAGGAAUACCUUUUGAUUUGGUUUUGGUACGACUGUUUUAGGAUGUAUGGUUUUGUCUGUUUUAUCUGCACUUCAGUCUUUACUUAUUGUGAUGUGUAUCAAACUAUUCUUAGUUCAUCAUGUUGUUAUUGUGGCUUUUUAUGAACAGUUCUACCUGGUUUGUGCCUCUCGAAUUGAUUAGCGGGACCUAUGCAGUUCUACUUGGUUUUUUUUUCUCAACAAGACUAUUUUUUAUUAAUGUGAUGUUUACCUGAAGAAUUUUGUUGCA